UCAAAAUCAAUGGCAUUGGAGUUUACCUGCUGCUGGACGAACAGAUUGAGUCUAGGAAGAGAUGCAGAGCUAUCCUGGUGAGCAGUUGAGCUAUGCCUGAAUAUGCUUGAGAUACUUUCAGCAAAAGAAGCAGCUGAAUUGAUGUUCAAACAAGCGUCGACCCUAGUUUGAUCCCCAUACUGCUUUCUGAACUUUCCGUACAUGUUGGAAUGUAUAGCACAAUGAACCAUAUAAAUCAGCAAAGACAUGACUCUUUUUCCUGGAACUUGAAGGAACAUUAUCACCAUCUCCUACUGCUAUAAUAUUUGAUAUCGUGUCUUCACCAUGAAGCCAGGCACCGAAGUUGCUAUACCUGAUCGACAUAUGACAACAAGUGAAAGAAAAGAUAGACAUAUCUUCAAGGCUGCCAAAGAAUCGAGGUUUGAUAAAGAAGCUGUGACAAAGUUCUUCCGCAUGUUAAUAAGGAGGAGAUAUUUUUCAGAUCGAUUACCACCAUCAAAUCCAUGGUCUGUUUCGCCAAUUCGAAGGUCAUUUCAGUCAUCUGAUGACAUAACAAGUUGCAAAGAUCAAUCCAUAAACCAUACAAGGUAUAGUAUAGUCAUCCUGCAACACAGAAUCGCUUGUUUCUUUCUUUAUCAUUUGCCUCUCAGACUUCAAUCAAAUUUAUUUCUCUUUUCAGUUCUCUCCAAAUUUUUCUUUUUUCUUUUUUGGGAGUUUAUGUGUUGCAUUUGUUAUUUUGAGUAACCACUUUUUUGACAGGAAGCCGUAAAUAUAAAUAUAAUUACCCAGGCAACUAAGAUUUUAAAUUACCUAGUCAAUUUGGAGACAUUUUAAUGCUAUUUGUUACAUCUCCUACUUGAUCUUUAUUGAGAAUCAUUUUCUUUAGCUCUCAAGGCCAAUGAAUAUUUUAGAGGCAUAGAUAGUUUGAAAAAGGAAGCUUCCUGACUGUUUUUAUAUCUAAUCCGAGCACCUUUAAUCAAUCUGUUGAUUAUAAACAACUUAUGAUCUAUAUUCCACAAUGACACCGGA